UAUUAUAUUAUAUUUGUAAUAACACAAAUAUUAUGAGCAGUGUAGUGGCAACAUAAUACAUUCACUUAAUAUUAUGCCAGAAGAUGUUAGAUUGAUUUAUCUAUCCAUUUACACCAUUAUAACGUAACCUAAUGGAAAAACGCUGAUAAAGAAGCGGAGAAAAGCUUAUUUUUAGAACACAUCUCAGCUUUUUUUAAUAAUGAUAGUCUGACUUGACAUUUAUAGUAUCAAAAACAUUAAAUUCGUCCGAAAUAAACAAGAUACGUUGGUUCUGAAUAAAGGUUUGCUGUCCAGUGUCAACAGCGGCACCGUCCACCUGGAUUGCCCAAGUGUAUAAAACAAGCUCAGUUGGAGUCGUCGCCUAGAAACCACCUGAGCCGUCGACCUCUGUUUAGUCUCCAACAUUUGGGUAGCAUAGCAACAGUCAAGUUGACUAUCGGCAUGCGAGUCAAGAAGUCGACACAAUUGUGUGAUAAAUUAUUUUACAUGCACGUUAAUGAGAGGGAAAGUAUACUUGUGGCGUUUGGCGUCUGUAAGUAAGUAGUAACUAGAAAGUCAUACCAUGGCUGGAAGUUGUGUUCGAGUUGACCCAGCGUUUGUCGAGUUCAACGAUGUGAAAGUCGGUCAGGUUUACAAGACUGUAGUCACGGCAACAAAUGUUGGGAAAACGUCGAAGAAAAUAAUGAUUGAAAAGCCCACAUUAAAGUUGUUCAAGUUCACAGUAUCUAGCUCAGCCAAAGUGGUGGCUCCUGGUCUGUCUGUAAGCGGCUUGCUGGAGUUCACUCCAGAGGAAGAGGAGGAGGUCAGAGACUGCCUCCUGAUUCAUAUAGAUGAUGAGACCAUCAAAAUCCCACUGCUGGGCUUUCCCAGGGCUUGUUCCCUCCUAAUGGAUUCAGUCCUAGACUUUGGCUGUAUUGCUGCUAGCAGUCAGGUGAUCAGCAGACAUCACCACAUAACCAAUCAGGGAUCAGCGCCAGGUGUGUUCCAGGUGCAAUACAAUGGAGACCCCUCAGUCAGACUCUCACCCUGCAUUGGAGUCAUAGCAGCUGGCGCCACCCAGUGGUUGAAGGUGGAACUACGCACAGACAGACCCAGGCAGAUUGAUGAGAAGGCUCUGGUAAAACUCCAGAAUCGCUCUGCUGUAGUUUUCAGUAUCAGGGCUGAGGUGGUGGACCAGUGCCUUGAGGUCUUUGACCUGCAGGGGGCUCCACUGUCCUGUCUGUGGUUUGGACCUGUAUACUUUGGGACGUCCCGCGUGGAGAAUGUGGUUCUGAGAAACAAUGCACCCCAGGAAUGUGACUGGGUCUGCCUGCUGCAGGAGACUGCAGCUGGGACUGAGGUGGGAACAGAUCUCCAGAAGAGCACAGAUGCCGCCCUGCUGGAGACAAUGGAGAGUUGCAGCCCAGCCACCCAAGACGUCUCUCAGGUUUUGGUGUGUGUCCCCAAACAGGGUCGACUGGGACCCUAUGACAAAACCACUGUGGCUGUACACUUCAGCCCCAUCUGCAAGAGAACAACUGAAAAGAAGAAGUGUGAUUACUCAGCCAGCCGGCAAGACUACUGUCUUUUCCUGCUGUUUGAGUCAGUGGGAAGCAGAUAUGGCUUCACUCACCAUAAUGGUAACAGUAGUGUGGAGCUGGCAGUGACAGGCUCCGGACUGCCUGUGUCUCUGGUGCCUAGUCCCUCUCAAAGAUUUAAUUUCCUCACCUGUGUGAUGGGCCAACGCGUAGACCUGCUGUGUGUGCUGCAGAACCUCUGCCCUCAACUUCCCAUCAACUUCCGCUUCCGCAAGUUAGCACAUUUCACCACCAAGCCCUCCACUGGCACAAUCGCUCCUGGACAAUGCCAGGAUGUAGUUUUGUCUUUCACUGCACGGCAGCAAGGGAGCUUCCAGGCGUGUCAGAAGCUAGACGUCUUAGGUCAUGUUAUUCAGAGGGGUGGCAACACUGGUGAAGAUGUUACUGGAUUUGAGCUAUGCAGCUUCCACACCAUCACACUACACCUGUCUGCUGUCUGCCGAAGUGAGACCACACACCCCGUACCUAAACUAAAUCCUGGCAUCACUCCAGCAGUGACCAAUCCAACCGGAUCAUGGCCUCACAUUCGGUCCAGUGAACUGGCUUGCUGCCGUGGGAUGGCACAUGCUGCUAUCCUAAAUGCCGACAAAACACGACUCCAUGUACAUCGCAGGGAGAGGAGUCAGAACACAGAGGUGGAGGAGUUCCUGGCUUUUCCUAAUGACCGAGCCACAAGCAUCAGGCCUGCCUCUGCACAUAGACAGUACAGGACCAUUUUUACUGGUGUACACCGCUAUCGCUAUGUGGACACCAAUUAUGCUUUCACUGAGGAAGAAGAGGAGCAGAAACAGCGGAAUCGACAGAUUUACGCAGACUUUGUAAAACAGCUCAGACAAACACGCCUGCAGAAGAUCAAGAAGAGACAGCAGGAAACAGUGGAGGACAAUGUGGAUAUUGGGAUUGUUCCUUCUCAAGGGCUUGUUCCCCCUACACUCCGCAUCAGUGACCUGGAGAGCAGUAAGAUCUUAGAGACUAAGCCAAACUACAGCUAUGCUCUCCUAGCAACCAAAUCCACCUGCCCCCAAGACAUGACAUCCAUCACCCAGCAGACCAGCAGUCAGGUUUCAGAGGUAAUGAAUGCAGUUCCCUCUACCAGACAGGAGAUGGCAGACUGCAACAGGACUCUGACAGCGCAGGAGCUCUACCAAGUUGACAUAGGUCCAUUGUUAGUGGACUUUGGCGAGGUGUGUGUGCAGUCAGUGUGUGUUCAGAAGCUGAAGCUGAUCAAUCAUCUGUCAGUUUUCGUCUGGGUGCAGCUGGAGGUGGACUGCCCUGAGCUGCAAGGCUCCUCACCCCUCUCCCAUGUCCUGCCACCCCACUCCCAAAACACCCUGCCCCUGACAUUUCAAAGCAACAAGCUGGGUCACUUCUACAGACCUGUAUCCUACUCUGUAAACCAGCAACACCCUGGUCAGAUACUGGUCCAGGCUGAGGUUGUCCCCUUGGCUCUGGAGUUAUCCACCUCCCUGCUGGUGCUCCGCCCCAACCCCACUCUGCUUGCCCAGUCAGGAUACAGGAGCUCAGUUACCCUUCGAAAUCAGCGUAACCACGCCGCAGAGUUCACAUGGAGACCAGUAGUCACAGAGAAUGGCAUCCUGUUCUCCAUUCGACCAGCUACAGGUACAGUGGAGCCAUACAGGGAAUUGGACUGUGAGGUGGUGUGGCAUCCCUCCUUCUCCUCCCCUCCAGAAGGAGACUUUGACCUCUGUGUCCACGAGGGCAACACACAACGCCUGCACUGUGUUGCUAAGGUUGGAUUCACCAGUGUCCAGCUGGCAGAGAAACGGGUCAUAUUUGGAUCAGUGCCUCUCAACAUGCCUUCUGUCAGAACUGCCGUCUUACACAACACUGGACAGAACCAUGCCUACUACCAGGUGCUAGAUGUUUGCCCUCUGCCAGGCAUGGUGGUGAGUCCACCUGAGGGCGUGGUGCCAAGUGGGGGGCAGGCUGCUCUCAAGAUCCGCUUCAACCCCGUCUCUGUCAUCAAGUUUGACACCAGAGUCGAGAUAGCUCUGAGAAGCAUGAAGUCCAUUGAGCUCAGAGUGGGCGGAUCAGUGGAGCUUCCAAAUGUAGACAUCAAUGUGUCCCAUUUCCAGUUUUACGGGGUCCAUGCUGGUUCUCAGCGAGCAAUACUGUUCGCUCUGACAAAUCGCUCGUCAGCCGCAGCCCGGGUCACCUUCGAUCUGUCAGAAUACACAGACUUCUCUUUGCAGCUCCCUCAUCCCUCAGCAAAGAAGGAGCCAGGUGUGAAAGUUGUCGAGGUCCAGGGCUACCAGACUGUGGACUGUUCCCUUAUCUUCUCCCCCACCCAGGCAGCCAGUUAUGACUUUAACCUGCCACUGAUGGUCAACGGAGUGAGAUGGCCCACUGCUUCUCUGUCUCCUUUCCCCACCCCGUCCUCCUCUUCCACCUCCUCUUCGCUGGCAGCUGGCAGCAGGAAGCAUGUCGUCAAGCCUCAUCCCCAGUCUGUCACCAUGGCGACACAACCGUCACAGCGUAUACAGGCUACAGUGCUGAGUGCCCCACUGGAAAUGUUCCCUUCCAGCCUACAGUUCUACGUGGAACCUUUGCCACCACAGUUUGAUGCUUACACUACGGUAUCAACAAGGUUCCACUCUGUCUCGUGCUCCUCUCCCCCUCAGCAGACAGUUGAGCUGAAAGCAGUGUGUGAAGAGAGUGUGUUUUGGCGUAGGGGGGUCAGGGAGCAUGUAAACUGGUGGUUUGACUGCAGUGCAAUAGCGGUACCAACAGAGGACAGAAGAGAGGGGAAGAUAUGUAUGGUGGCUCCAUCAUCAGGCAGUCUGGGGCCAGGCCAGUCCAUCUGCUUGGUGGUCAGCAUCAGCCCUGAGGCUAUCAGAACAGGGUCUGGAAGAGUGACCAAACUGUCCCUCCCUCUUUACCUGGGAGACGAGAGGAUGGGAGGAGAGGAGGAACAUCAACCCUACCGAGAACUGUGUAUCACUAUUACCCUCCAGCUCCCCUGUAUCACUAUCCACCCCCCUCAAAUCCUCCUUUCACCAGUACCCCUGGAAAGCAAUGCAACUGCCACACUCACCCUGCUGGCCUUAGGAUAUCCUAGUGGAACCAUGGUAUCGGCUGAAGUGGAUGAGGUGGAACUGGAGGAUGGGACAAAGAUACAGCCUGUUUCGGUCGUCUUUCCAGAGGGUAACAACAUCCCUGCCCAAAACCAGGAUCAGAACCAGGAUGCCAGUGUGACCUCUCUUAUCUGCAGUGUGUCCUUCUGCUCCACCAUCCCUCUGUCCCUCUGCACAACUAUCACCUUCACUGACCACCUCCAUAACAGGUUUAAGGUUAAGUUGUGUGCUAUCACUGACAACUGUCUGUUGACAGUCUGGCCCUUCAUGGCCCUGCACCGCUCUGAGCAACAGAUAGUUCUCAAGACUGGGGCCACAGCUGUUGAGGCGAUCCUUCAGCGCUAUCACACACCAAGUCCUGCCUCAGGGCCAACUUCCUCCUCCUCCUCAUUGUUUGAUCACAUCAGCUCAACAAGCAAGAACUCAGCCUCAGAUUCCUUUCCAGACAGUGACAGUGUGAGUGGUCAGGCCAGCAGGGAUACAGACAUCUCUCCUAACAGAGACACCCCAACCCGUAUUGGUGUCCCAGAAUUCCCUGCUGCCAACUCAGAGGAAGGACUGUAUUACCAGAAUGUAUUAUUGGCUGUGGAGAGGUGGUUUAGCCUCUUUGGGUGGCCGAGUGGACCACAUCCUAUCUCUGUACCACACACGCUCAGAAGAGUUGAGUCAAAAAUUCAAAGGAGUCAUUCCAGUGGACGGACUUAUCGAGUCAGUCAAAAUAAAGACUCCAGGUCUGUAGUAGACAUGCUUCAUCACCUGACUGGAAAAAACAUUCCUGGUAUACCUCGCUGUCAGACAUUUUCCGAUGAUAUUGACCAGCACACCAAUCAGCUGCUACAACAGCAUGAAGCUAUGCUUGCUUUUCUCAGGGUGCAGGGAGGCUGCCUUUGUCACAUCAGACCAGAGUACUUGCUAGACAUGCUGGAGUUCAAACACUGGUGCUCCCUGCAGUCAAAUGUGGAAGAAUAUGGUCUGGACUACAGCAGUGUUGACUAUGAGUCUCUGAGCAAACGUUCCUGGACUGACGUACUGCUGCAAAUAUACAAGGUGCUGGUGUUGUGUCGCGUGCCAGAGAGCAGUUUGAACACAACUCUGAACCACGAAGACAUAGACGGAAUCCUUCCUGUCAGCUUACAGCCAGUGGCCAGUAACAUCUAUUCAUCGUGGGAGCUCCAUUUGCUCUCAUGGCUCAACAUGCACUACCAGAGCAUGAGGAAGACUGUGUGGGGUACAGGUAGUGUCCCAUCAGCACGCUGGAUAGUGAAUUUUGACCUGGACUUGACAGAUGGACUGGUGCUAGCUGCUGUGCUUGCUGCUUACUGCCCUUACCUGAUCUGCAGCCACUUCCGAAGGAUGUACACCACAACUAGCAGCCUGGAGCAGAUCCUUCACAACAACAUCAUAGUGGCCCAGGCCUUAACGGCACUUUGUCUCAACCUUGACGUACAGCCAACAGACUUGUCGGACCCCAAUCCAGUGCAGAUGUUAAUGCUGUGUGUUCACCUGUAUGAGAGGCUGCCUCAGUACCUGCCACUGCACACCAUUACUCUCUCAGGAGGCCUGCACAGCACUUACAGCAAACAGGUUCGUCUGAAAAGCCCAUCCUCUAAGCCUGUCAAAUACCAGGCCUUCCUUUUAGGAGAGGAUGCUCAUCUCUUCUCCCUCCCUGGUGGAUCCACUGUCACCAUUCCUCCAAAGGCGAGCACUGAACUGACCGUCCAGUUCAACUGCUCCUUCAUGCAGCCCAUGGAGGCAGUCCUUCUGCUCAUCUCCAGCUCUCCUUUUGGCCUGUACGGUACCACUCUCGCCUUCAAUCUGAAGACCCACGUUAGUCACAUCACACCCACAAACACUGUCAAGUGCAAGUCUCCAUGCUACCAGCUGAAAGUAAUCCAGGUGCCCAUAACUAACCCUUUCAACAAAGAAGCUAUGUUUAGGGUGGUGCUGGUGGAGUCUUUGUUCAACCCACUGGAGCCUGAGAAGAAAAAACACAACCUUGUUCAACAGGCCUCCUCCAAAGCCAAUAUAGAGAAGAUGACUUCAGAUGAGAGCUGUGGGGAGGAAAUGGAAGGGAAAUGCUCAGCUCUCAAUGGUGAAGGCAGUGAGUUCCUGAGUGCAGUGAGGAGUGUCUGUCUGAAGCCAGGCCAAGCAGACACUCUCAGCAUCCACUACCUGCCCUUCUGCCCAGGCACCAAGUAUUGCUCUGUGCUGCUAGUUUGCCCUCAGGUGGGAGAUAUGAUCUAUAUGGUAAAGGCCACAGCAGAAUUGCCUCUUCCUUCCCCUCUCACUGCCAAGCCCAGUUCUAACAUAAUCUCCAUCCCCAACAACUCUGACCCAGCUGGAUGUGUAUCAGUACUAAGCUUAUGCUGCAAGGUGGGGCAGGUGUGUGAGGAGGUGCUGCGUGUGCCGCUGAUCAAUAUGGCCUGGGAGCAAGCUCUGGCCAUCUGGGGUCAGCACAGCAUGAGUGCCGAUGAACACAGGAGGCGGAUGCUGACACACACCUUGCAUAGCAGCACCGUGAGGGCAACCACAGCUGCACGCAAGCUGUUCAAACAACAGGCCCAACUGUUGGGAGGUGUUAACCACAGUAAAGGGGUAGAAUACAGUGUGGAAGUUUCUUUGCCACAAUACUUUGCUUUACCCAGUACUGUUACAAUACCUAUAAAAGAAGGCACCAACUUACCAUGGGAGAAUCCUGCAGAUUGUGGCUGUGUGGACAUCCCAUUAUUGUUCCAGGCAGACUCCGUGGGGCAAUUUACAUGUCAGGUGGUCCUGAGGUCCUGGUGUGAUACCAGGGUCUAUGUGCUCGAGGCCCUGGUUACUUCACAGGGCGGAUCCGUCCACUUGCACUUCAAUUCGCCUGCUCACCGGUCAGUCACUCAAGACAUACCACUGCACAAUGAGACCCACAAAGACUGGAAAAUGCAAGCUGAGGUGUGUGGUGAAGGAUUCUCUGGCCCAAAGCUUUUGAAUGUGCCAGCAGGGACAAGAGCCUGCUACCCCAUCACCUUCCACCCUUCUGCACAAUGCAUUGUCAUGGGCAAGCUGUCCUUACAUAAUGACUGCGACGGUACUGAGCACGUGUUUACCCUCAGAGGAGUGGGAGAGCACCCCCUGCCUGUGGACCACGUGGUAUUACACUGCUCUGUAGGUCAAACCACACACACAGAGCUGGAUGUCCCCAACUACAGCCAGAACAAACUCACUCUCAAGGUGGUGACAGACCUAUCUGCUGUAAGUGGCACCCCCUUCCUGGAGAUUCAACCUGGUCACAAAGCUCCAUACACCCUAGCUGUGUCGCCAUGGAAUCGAGGAAAACAGACAGGCUGUGUGUCAUUUGUAGAAAUUGAUGACAUGCAAGAGGCAGACAAGCACAAAGGAAAUGUACAUGGACGCUACGAGGUGCAUUUCUCUCUAGAGAUCAUUUGUGAGCCAACUGUGCCCAUCAAGGUGAUAGAUGUACAGUGUGCUGCUCAGAGCUCAGUUGCCAUAGAGAUCCCUGUCAGUAACCCACAUGGAGAGCUGCUGAUGCUGGAUGUGUACCUGGAAGGAAACGACCUGAGUGGAGCCAACUGGGUUUCAAUUCCCCCACGGGAGACUCUCACCUACAAAACUAUGUUCUCCCCUGACAGAGUAGGGAAGAGCACAGGCAGUGUGGUGUUCCAGUCAGAGCUGGUGGGGGAGUUCUGGUAUCAACUGGAGCUUUAUGCUCUUCCUCCUCCGGUCAUCACGCUACCACAGGCCUGCUGUCAGCUGGGGAAAUGGACCAGACUGACCAUUCCACUGGUUAACCCAACAGCUGAAACUCUUGAGCUAAUUGUAGCCAACAGUAACCCCAGAAACUACACACUGGAAAUGGAUUCAGGAAGAACUCUUAUAUUGGGGCCCCACUUCUCCACCCAGCUUGGUGUCCGUUUUAGUCCUUCAUCCAUCGGAGAGGGGAACCACACGGCAAAGAUCACUUUCACAUGCCCUCAGUUGCAGGAAUGGUGUGUGUUGUUGAGUGGGCGUGGCCUUAAACCAGAGCACGAGCAGCCUCUGAGCAUCUCAUCCCUGAUUGGCUCCAGCGCCUCCAUCACCGUUCCCUUCACAAACCCCACUGAGCUCCCAGUCAUCCUCAAUAUCACACUCACAGAUGAGGACCCGAGUGGGGCCCCCAAGUGCCAUCAAGUCACUGCAGACAAGGAGGCCUUCUCUAUCCCUCUGAGCCAGACUGAAGGAAUACAGAUCAAUGAAGGGGCCAGUUUUGAUGUGCCUGUGGUGUUUGCAUCUAACUCUAUGGAGCUACAACAGGCCUGGCUCUGCAUCACUAUGAAGCCCCUCAGCAGCCCGGGCAACAACAGUACCUUCAGUACAGACAGCAUGAGAUCAGAGCAGGAAUUGUCAUCCAUCUGUUGGAUUUACCCUCUCUGUGGGAUUCCCAUGGAGGUGCCUGUUGAGAACUCACCACUUGGCGUGGUCUUUUGUGAAGCGGGCUGCCAGCUGGAAAGGAAGGUGGAUGUACUGCUAACAGGAUGUGUGCCGGGGAAUCAAGACCGGAAAGGACAGGAAGUAUCCCGGGUGAUGAUGGAAGACUUCCUGUGCGAGGUUCGUUUAGACAGCGAAACAGAGCACUCAGAAGUGGAGGACUGUCUUUCUGCUUCCAUCGAGGCAGCGAGGAGGGACCCUGAGACUGGCACCGUAACACUCACCCUUAAUCUAGUCUACACUCCUCUCAGGCCAUGCAGGUGCACAGCGGUCCUAGCUGUGCAGUGUGUGUCCGGCAGGAUCUGGGAGUUUCCCAUCACUCUCAUUGCCAUGGAGCCUCAAGUGGAUGAUGUCAUCCUCACUGAAGCCACUGAGUUCGACAAGACUUCAGCUGUGGGUUUCCGUUUGACCAGCACCACCAGGAGGCCAGAGCUGUUCACAGCAGCGUUCUUGCCAGGCAGCAGCAGUGAGUUCACAGUGACUCCAGCCUCAGGGAUGUUACCUCCUGUUGGUUCUACUGGAGCUCUGAUCACUGUGUCCUUCACACCCACCGCGUCCGGAAAGCACAGAGCAAGACUAACCAUCCAGGCAGCAGACAUGCAGUGGACCUAUGAGGUGAGAGGGAUUACCCCUCAUGACUCCUCACCCCUCUGUACCACAUACACCAAUGGCAGCUCUUCUGUGGUGUGUCCAACCAAUGAACGGCAGCGGAACUUUGUGGCUCGGAACCUUCGGCUUCCCUCCCUGGCUAACUCGUCCCCUCUCAAAGUCUGCAGAUAAAGGACAUCAUCAGUCUCUCGUAGAAAUAAGCAUCGUCAUUUUUGUCCAACAUCUUUUUUAACCUUUUUUAUCUAGCAACAUUUACCACACAAUGUCACUUUCAAUUAAAGAAAUACUUAUAUUUUGAAAAUUAACUGUUACUUGGACAGGCACAUUGCCACAUGGUGGUCAUAGCCAUGGCUUUCAGCAUUUGUCCUUUUUUCUCUUAAAAUGGCUCAUUAGUCGUGUUAGUGUUUCCCAUCAGCAGUGCUAAUGAGCUAUGUUUCGGCCAAUACAAAGAUGUUUUUUGUCUACCUUGUGGCAAGUGAAGGAAAUUUAGCAGGAUAAAAUUGAAAUGAGGGCCAUUUUUGAAAACUAAUUUUUUUGCCCAGUCCUUUUGACUUUUGUGUUGAUUUGAAAUCAAUGAUAGUCACUGUUAAUGUAUCUCUUAUUGUAACUAACUUUGAAGUGCAUAUACUCAUGCUCAAUACUCAGUGCAUUCCUUUUAAAGAAGUACUGCACACUUAAAUAUGUUUUUUUGAGCUGUAAACUAAAUUUUAUAACUGUACAGUGAUGAAACACAUCAAUACUGGUGUUAAUAUUGACAUUCUUGCAAAAGUCUGACAGCAGCUGCUCAUGGCUGGUUAGCUGUCUGUCUGUCACUCUGGUCGGUGUCUUCUUACCUCCUGCAGCACACACAUGGCCAUGUCCCCUAAAGUGUUUGUCCUGCAGUCCUCUGCUGCAUUUUUUAAAUAUGCUGGGAGUGAGGGAGCUAGCAGAAUUUGGGGGUUGAAGUUAUACUUUAACAAUACUCUCCAAUGCUAUCAUCAUAUAUGUUGUAACACAUUACAUUGCAUCUACUGUAAUUGACAUAUACACUAUAGUUGGCACAAAACUCCACAUGCAAAAAUCUCUUCAUCUCCUUGUCCUUUAUUAUUGGUAUAGAUUUAAUAAGUAAAAUCGAUAAGGGAUAAUGGCGUUUCCUGGGUUCACCUCAUCAGUGUACUUCAUGAAAAGAGCCAGUGUCCUUGGAGUUUUACACAUUCAGUAGGUAUCAGAUAUAUGAUGAACAAUAAAUGCUAGUAAUGGUUAUGAUGUCCCUAUUAUGCCUCAGAGUCCACUUCAAGUAAAAUGUUACCAACUUUGUUUUUAUUCAUCCCUUCCCUUAUGAACCUCUUUUAGAUAUUACAGAGAGUCUGGUCAUAAACUAGAUGAACCUCAAACUGCUGGUCCAUGGAUAUUCCCACCACACAUUAUAUUACACUAACCAGGACAACCUUGAAAUAUAUAACAACCUUUCUGAAAACCUCAGCAUCUUGCAUUUAAUAAAUCAAACCACAUGAGCCCUAAGAGGCUGUCCAGUGUGUGGGCUUGUGUGCAUGCAGCUGUGUCUUUCACAGCACCCAUGGCUACAUGGCUCUACUGUAUAUACUUAUGUCUGCAUUUUAAGCCAAGACUUUUCAAUGGGUUGUCUCAGUGGAUUUGUCAAAUUUAGUUCAGUUUCCACAAUUUUCAAAUAUUACAUACAUUGCCUAUAAAGUAGUAAUAAAGUAUAUUAUUCACCCCCC